CAGGCAACCGCACGACGGUAGACGGUAGGCGUCCGGUUUACAACGAGCUCGUCCCAUAAUUUGUUUGCUGAAGUCUGAGGUGUUUUGAACGCACCUGCUGCUGGCUCGUGGCUGUGAGUUAUAGAGCAACACUGGACUGAGUGACUCGUUUCAAAAUGAGUAAGAGGAAAGGCAAAGUGAUCAGCGAUGUGAUAGCUGUCAAGAGGCUCGGAGUGACAGCUGUGGGUAUUGAAGGUGCAUUCGAUGACACAAACCAUCAGAGACCCUCCUCCAGCAGCUUCUCCCACUCUGCCACAGGAGAUAUUGGCCUCAUUGAAAGCAUCACUCUGAAGAAUUUCAUGUGUCACCAUUUGCUCGGUCCUUUCCAGUUUGGGCCCAAUGUGAAUUUCAUCGUCGGCAACAAUGGAAGCGGAAAAAGUGCGAUCCUGACUGCUCUGAUUGUGGGCCUCGGUGGAAAGGCCACUUUCACAAACAGAGGAGUGUCGCUGAAGGAUUUUGUGAAGACCAGUGAAAAUACUGCAGAUAUAACAGUGAAGCUGAGAAACAGAGGACCAGAUGCUUAUAAAAGGGAUGUCUAUGGCGACUGCAUCUCAGUUGAGCAUCGGAUCUCUUGUGAUGGAAGUCGGACAUGCAGACUGAGGAACAGAUCGGGGCAACUUAUCUCAACCAAGAAGGAGGAGCUGACGGCCAUUUUGGAUCACUUCAACAUCCAAUUGGAUAACCCAGUGUCCAUUCUCAACCAAGAAAUGAGCAAACAGUUCCUGCAUUCAAAAAGCGAAUCAGACAAGUACAAGUUCUUCAUGAAAGCGACUCUGCUGGAACAGAUGAAGAGGGAUUACAUCCACAUCAAGCACACUAAAACAGUCACACGACAGCAGGUUGAGAGACAAGAGGAGUGCCUCAAAGACCUGAAACAGGAGUUUCUACAGAAGAAAGAGAGGUAUGAAAAUCUGUCGUCCUUCAGUGAGAUGAAGGUGGCAUUGGAGAAUCUGAAGAAAGCAAUGGCAUGGUGUUUGGUGCAAGAGAAGGAACAGUGCAUACAGCAGUUGAAGGAGGAUCUUGAAAAGGAAGAGAACAAUUGCAAACAUCAGGACAACCUUCAGCUCUGUCAGACUCGGGUCACACAAGUAGAAAAGAGGCUUCAGUGUGUCAAAAGCAGAAUUGACAGCCUGAGAGACGAACAAGAGUCCAUCUCGAGGGACAGCCUCAAGUUGAAAGAACAAAUGAAGCUCAUUAGCAAAGCACACCAGGAGCAGGAGCUUGUUUAUUUUCGGGCUCUGAACAAACUCAGACAAUCAGAGCAGGAGCAAAACCUUCUUCAGGAGAAAAUUUACAAGGCAAAAACAAGUGUGAGCCUGAACAAUGAUGGAGAGACAGAAUAUACAAAACAGCAGAAGAAAAUAGCCAGUCUGAAAGAGCAGGUUGCAGAACUCGAGAGAACCUGCUCACAGCUGAAUCAAGAGAUCAAGGACAAACAUCAGGCAGUUCUCAAAGGAAAGGAAGAAUUUGACAAGCUGAGACUGGAGGAGAGAAACAUCCAGGUUUUGUACAUGUCCAAACUGAAGAGGAAGAAUCAGCUCCUUGCCAGUCGAUCAAACAAGCUGAAGCGGUUCGGCGAUUACGUACCCGACCUGCUGGGUUUGAUUUCUGAGGCAUAUGACAAGGGACGCUUUCUCAGGAGGCCCGUCGGUCCAAUAGGAGUGUGCAUCAGUUUGAAGGAUCCCACGCUGGCCGUAGCCAUUGAGUGCUGCCUGCGGAGCUUCAUGAAAGCUUUUUGCUGUGACAACCACAGGGACGAGGCAGUCCUUCAGGAGCUGAUGUCUCGCUAUUACCCGAAGGGCAGCAGGCCGCAGAUCAUCGUCAGCCCUUUCUCUGAGAAAGUUUACAACAUUGAUGGACGGAAAGCAUAUCAUCCAGAAUACCCGUCUGUACUUGACAUCAUCACAGCAUCAAACCCGGUCAUCAUCAACUGCCUAAUAGAUAUGCGGGGGAUAGAAUCAAUUCUGAUCAUCAAAGAGAAAGACAAAGCAAGGAGGGUCAUGCAGCAAGGACGGCCACCUAAAAACUGCCGUGAAGCUUUCACUAUUGAGGGAGAUCAGGUGUAUCCAAACCGUUAUUAUACCUCCGACUUCAGCAUAGCCAAAUAUCUUGGCGGGGAUCUGGAGAGCGAAAUAAGUAUGUUGGAGUCUGACCUGGAGAAUCACCAGGCCCAGCUGUCCAGGUUUCAGCUCCACGUGACCUCUGUGUCCGAGGACAUCAUGAGCAUGGAGAACAACCUGAACAGCACCAUCCUGGCGCAGAAGAAGACUCUGGCCUUUGUGAAUCAAAUCAAGGUGACAAUAACUGAGCUGGAGACGGCCGGUGAGGAGCAAAUCGAUGACAUCAGCUCCUUGGAAGAUGUCGUCCAAGAGAACCGACAGAAAAUCGAGUCAGAAAAGCAGGCUGUUCGUGAAGCAAAGGCGGAGCUCGACAAGCAUGGAAAAGCAGCAGCGGACGUAGAGUCUGAAUACUCGUCUGUCAGAGAACGGAUGGAUCAGCUUCCUGAGGACAUGGAGCCGUUAAAGGAUGAGCAGCUGAAGCUGGAGGCCGAGUUCGCAAAACAUGAACGAAACCUCAUGAUCUUAGAAAACAAACUGAAGGCGCAUGAAGACAACAUCCAAGCUAUAAAAAGUGACAUUAUCCUAAGAGAAGAAGAGUUACAGGAAUAUGUGGCCAAAGCCGCAGAGAUCAGUCCUGAGCGGCAGCCGGUGACCUGCAGCGCCAAGAGCCUCGACACAGAAAUCACUCAGCUGCAGAGGAAAAUCAAAGUGUACGAGGGCAGCCACGGCCAGCAGGAGCAGGUGGUCCGGGAGUACGCUGAGGCUCUCACUCUCUACAGACAGAAAACCAACCAAGUGAGAGAUCUGCGGAGGUUCAUUGAUCGACUCGAUAACAUCAUAUCAGACAGACAGAACAGAUACAAAGUAAUGCGUAGGUCCCUCUCUGUCAGAUGCAAGUUAUACUUCAAUAACUUUAUGAUAAAGAUGAACUGCUGUGGCUCGAUGGUUUUUGAUCACAACAACGAGACGCUCUCCAUCUCGGUAAAGCCGCCUGGAAGGGAGGACGAUGGCGUAAGCGACAUGAGGUCGCUGUCUGGUGGCGAACGGUCCUUCUCCACUGUUUGCUUCAUGCUCUCGCUGUGGGAGAUCACCGAAUCACCCUUCAGAUGCCUCGAUGAGUUCGACGUCUACAUGGAUAUGCACAAUCGCAGAAUCUCUCUGGAUCUCCUCCUGGAGCUGUCAGAGCGGCAGCACCUUCGGCAGUUUGUCUUCAUCACUCCCCUCACCACCAGUAAUCUACCCAAAACCAGCCUCAUUAAAAUCCACCAGCUUCAGGAUCCAGAGAGAGUAGAGAGUGAAACUGGGGAUGAAGAUGCUGUAACUGACCUGUAGUGACAGAAAUAUUAGGUGUGUUUACGUGCACAGUCACUGUAGUGUAAUUUCAGUAUUACUGCAUGUGUGUUAUGUGUUUGAAGUCAUGAAUAUGUGAAGUCAUGAAUGUUUUACGUUUUAAAAAUGUUGCGAAAAAUGUUUACUGUGUGCACCUUUAGCUGUCCUUUCAGUGUUAACAGUCAAUUAGUCUGUGAAGUUUGCUUUGCUUUAAUCACUAAAGCUGAUCAUGUAUGUGCUCUCUGACUUGAAGGGACAAUUUGUAAAAUAUGACCAGAAUAGAAAGGUAGUCCCACGAAAUGGUCUGAAGCGGUCUAGCAUUAGCUCAGUUAGCCAUGAAGCUGGUGGACCUAUAGCUGACUGGGCUCUGCUGCCUCGAAGUGAACACGGCUAGGACUGGACUGGGACCAGAUACAGCCCCCGAGACCAGCGGAGGCCAGUUUGACGAUGGGGGAUACGGUACAGAGGUGACUUUGACAAGGACUAUGGUUCCAGGCACAAAAAAGAUAUUCUGGUGAAGAGAGUUUUGGUGAGUCUUACUUGUUUAUGUAUCAUUUCAAUGAAAUGUGUUUUAUGAUGAGUUAACAAGGCAGCUAAAGUCUUAAGUUGGUAAAAAAGGGGAACUUGAAUUGCGAAGGUGUACGGUCAUAUUUCUGUUUUGGUAAGGAAAGUGUGUAAGAAUGUUUCCUUUCUUGACAUUUUAUGGGUUUGUUUUGCUUAUUUAUUAGAAUAAAUGGUCAGAGAGCUUAUGAAACAACAAAUUUGCCAUCUUCCAGUGGAAACUAUGCAAGGGCUGUUGGACUACUGCCGCUAGAGGUACGGAGUGGUAUUACAGGACAGGAUGGGCAGGGCCAGCUGGUUAGCAUGCUAACUUCAGGAGGUAGCUUUGCCAAACAAUACACAGCUGUUUGUGACAUGUUAACAUCGAGACUGUUGUUUCUCCAAAUCCUCUUGAUCAUCUUUUUUGACUGGCUUAAGCUAAUUAAUUCUAAAAUUCUACAAAUUGCAUCUUAAAAUUGGUACACAUUUCUCUCCAAAGAUGCUCAUCAUCUGUAAAUACUGUGACAAAGUGUAACCCUCAUUACAAUAACAAACGAGAAUAAUCUAA